AUGAAACAUUCUCGUCUGUCCGAAGAUCUGAUUCUUGAGUGUCUGGUUCGACUUCCCAGAAAGUCCAGAUACACGGCAUCUCUUGUAUGCCGUAAAUGGCUUCAGCUUAUCGAAAGCCGUCAAUUUUACCUGCUCAGGAAACAACUUGGACUUAUCAAACACUCGGCUUGCUUGCUCCAUGCCAAUCCUGAGAUGAGAUCAGACGAACCUCCCACUCCCAGUUAUGUUAUCAAUGUUUUAAACCCGUUGAGUGGUGAGUGUAAAACACUGUCCCCUCUUCCUAAUUCCACAGUUGAGUUCGAUGAUCUUAGCCAGAUUGUUAGCUCGCAAGGGAAACUCGUCCUUUUGAAUAGUUCUGAUCCGUUCGUUAGUUCACUUUCGAAUUCAUUGUUUGUGUUUGACUUUUCAUCUGGACGCUGGCGGCAAGGAAAGAACUUGCCAAAACGGAAGUUUUCUUUCGCGAUGGCUGCUUCCGACGAUUGCCGGGUAUUCGUCGCCGGUGGCUAUAUAAUAACAGGAAGACGGUGA